UAAAUUUUUAUAUUGUUAAUUAUUGUUUUAUUUGAUUGUAUUGUUGUGGAUUGCUUUAAUACAAUUUCUUGGUCCUUAAAUUUUUUCAAUUAAAAUGCUUAUGUGAGAAAAUUAUAUGCUAUUCCUAUCUCACUUUGGUUGAGAUACUAAGUUCUCCAUAAUUUUUAUUUUAUAUAUGUUAGUUUUUGUUGUCUUUUCUCAGAGAAAAAAUAGUUAAAUAAUUUGGACAUCAUGUUUGAUAAAAGUUGGUUACGCUUCAACAGGUAAUAAGAAUUAAGGGUUUAGUUAAUAUCAACUUAUUAAAUGUAUAGAUUCAACUAGAUUGUGCAUUUCUCUAAUAUUUUUUAAUAUAUAUAUAUAUAUAUAUAUAUAUAUUUCAUUCAAUUGUAGAGCCUUAAAUGAGUAUAAGGAAGGUGCUAGGAGUUUUGUAGAGACAAUAGAGAAAGAGGCUAAUUAUCCAGAAAAGUUAUUAUGUCCAUGUAAAUUUUGUCGAAACUUAAGUCACCAAAAGGUCAAUUUGCUUUAUGAGCACUUGGUCAUAAAUGGAAUUGAUCCUACAUACACAAUUUGGUUUCAUCACGGGGAAGAAGCACCUAGAAGUGAUGAUAUUGAGGAAAUGAAUUCUUUUGAUGCUUUUAAUUUGUUUAGUGCUACAAAUAUUGAUGUUUGUGAUUCUGAAGAACCUGUAGAAGGCCCUGAUGACAACUUCAUCAAAAAAUUAGAAGAUGCACAAAUCGCAUUAUAUCCACAGUGCACAAAAUACACUAAGUUGUCAGCUAUUAUUGCUUUAUAUAAGGUUAAGACAACUAAUGGAUGGUCUGACAAGAGUUUUGAUGAGAUUCUCAAUCUUUUUCAUGAUAUGCUUCCAUGUGAUAACGUGCUUCUCAAGUCCACGUACUCAGUUAGGAAAUAUCUUCAAACAUUUGACUUAGGAUAUGAAAAGAUUCAUGCUUGUGUAAAUAAUUGUUGUUUGUUUAGAAAAGAUAAGGAGAAGUUAGAAGAAUGUCCAACAUGUGGAACUUCUCGUUGGGCGACAGAUAAACUUACUAACAAGGUUCGAAAAGGUUUUGUGGAGAUCAAUUCAGGCACGAUAUAUAGUUGACAAAGAAUGGAAGAAAAACUAUAUAUUUCAGUCCAUGGGUGAUCUUUGGAGAGCUUCUAAAUCAAGGUUGGUUGCUAAAGUCAAAAAAGCGCCAAAUGAACACGAAAGGCUGAAAUUAAAGCCUGACAACAUCAAAACUGUAAUUGAGUGGAGGGCGUUCAUCAAAGAGAAAACCAGUUUGGAAUUUCAGGCCAAAAGUGACAAGUUCAAAGAGAUAAGAAAUAAACGACUUCCCCAUACUUGUAGCCGCAAAGGAUAUGCUCGAUUAAUCGAUGAUAUGAUGAAUAGUAGUGCAAAAAAUGAAGAACCUUCGAGAGUUGAUGUGUGGACUAAGGCACACAAAAAAAAAAUGGAGAACCUGUCAAUUCCUUUGUUGCUGAAACUUUCGAUAUAUUAGGUGAUUCUUCAUUACCUUCUAAGACUCCAAAGGAAAAAGGAGAUCUUCUUUCAAAUAUAUUAGGUCCUGAAAAGGGUUCCUAUGUGAGAGGUUAUGGUAAAGGAGUUACCAAAACUAAGUUAGCAAUUGCAUCGGAAAAAGAAGAACAUAUAUGUAGAAUUGAAAAUGAGUAUAAAGAGUUAAAAGAAAAAGUGGCUGUUAUGGAGCAAUUGAUUAACUCUUUCAUAAAUUCCAAGUCUCAUUCUAACUUGAGCGGAGAGCAGUCCAAUGCACAUAAUCGUCCUACACGGGGUGAUGUUGGAAUUCAAGGCCAAAAGUGCGACCUUUUGGAUUGGACUGGUUCUGGGAAUAUUGUUGUUGUUGGAUAUUUCAUUUCAGAUGAUCCACAAGAUUCAGUUCUUGGUGUUCCUCUUGGACCAUUUUCCAUGAAGGUUGGUGUUGAUUUUGUAAGGGAACCUAAUGCAUUUCUAUGGAGGCCUACUUCAGGAUUAACUUGCAUUGAAGAAAGCGUUGGAAAUAUUAUUGCUUGGCCGGCUGACAAAGUUAUAAUGAGAACUUGAAUUGGUCUCUUAUGUUGAUGAGGUGUAAACAAGCAGUUUGGAAAGGAUUUUACAUUGUCAAGAUAAUGAACGAUGGGGAUUCCGCAACAAUGGUGCAAUUUAACUUCAAGAAGAUUAAUGUGGUGUUUGCUUGGAAGAACCUAAUAGACAUUACAUAAUAAGUUUUUAUUAUAUUUUUUUAGUAAGGAGUUUUUAUUAUGUUACAAUUUCAUUUGUGACAUAGAUAUUUUGGUUAAUAUAAGAAUUAUAUUAGAUUUUAUUUGUAAAAUAAUAAGCAUUAUUUGAUUUAAUAAUUUCAUUCUAGAAAUGUUAAUUAAAAGAACAUACAAAAGUUAACACUAACAAAGUGUUAUCAUUAAGAAAUUAUAACAUUAAUAAAUAGUUAUUGUUA